AAACCGAACCGAAAAAUCAAAACUAAAACUAUACCAAAAUUUACAAAAAUCCGAAUGGUUCUUAUUUUUUUAAAUUUAAAAAAUUGAAACCAAACCAGAAUCCAACUGAAAACCGUACGAGUAUCCGAAUAUUCAAAAUAUAAUAAAAAUAUAUAUUAUUUUUAUUUUUUAUACAUAAAUAUAAUUUAUAAAAAAUCAAAAUCCCGAAUUAUCUAAAUAUUUUUUCGGAUUUUCAUGUUUAACUUGGAUUUUUGGAGAUUUUUCGGUUUUCUUUGCUUAAACACAAACCAAAUCUGAAUUAUUUUCAAUUAGGUUCCACUUCGAAUUUUAUAAAAAAGUAAAAACCUGAUCCAAAUUUGACAUUGUCCGAACUGAUCCAAUCCAAAAAAAAUGUUUGGUUCUUAAACGGAUCUUAAACACUUCAACCCGAAUAAUCCGAAUACUGAAAAACUAGAACAGACCCAAGCCGAAAUCUCCGACACUAAAUAUAAAAUCCCCAUUAAAAUAAAUGGGUUUCUUUUAGACAUUAUUGUAAGUCAGUACGAUUUAGAAACUUUACCAAGUUUGGAGGGGGUUUAGGGUAAUAUUCGCAAAAAAAAAAAAAAGAACUAGAAAAGGAGAGUUAUCAGAAUGAGCUCUUUCGUCUGCAUCCAAAGCCUCUCUCUCUGCCUUUAAUCAGAGAGCUUCGGUCACGGUUUCUAGAAAAUCAUUACGAUCACAUAACUCUCAAAACCGCCCCUCCAAAAAGCUCGAGAAAAGAGGACUCUGAAUAGUCAGAGAGAGAGAGAGAAAGAGAAGAGAGAGAGAGAGAAAGAGAGAAGACAGCUUUGUUGCGGUGCAAAGAAGCAAAUCUGACAGUUUUGCAGAAACAAGAGAGAGCAAGGAAUCGAAGUUUUGCUUCUUCUUCUUCCACACGAAGCAAACUAAAUGCUCUUCUUACAAAGUUUACAUUUUCUUCACUGAGAGAGAGAUAAAGAAAGAGGAAUUGAAUCGAAUCGAUCUCACUUGGGUCUCUCUCUGCUCUUUUGAUCUGUACGGAACUACUCUCUCCUCGUUCUUCCAGGACCUGGGUUUGAUCCUUAAAGCCGAGAUCUUUCUUUUCCUUGAAGUGGGUUCUGCUUAAUCUUUGGUCAAAGGUCUGAAACCCGUUGGGAUUUAUGUUUUUUGGAUUCAUAUGUGAUAGCAAAAGGCAGUAGAGAUGCCUCCUUCCCCGGCAUUGAGAUGCUCCCCUGGCAGGGAGCUACCAGGGAACAAACAUAGACGAGGACACAGCAUUGAGUACGGGAUACUGUUCAGAGAUAAAGACGAAGAUCUUACGCUGUUUAAUGAGCUGCAAGACAAAGAACGUGAUGAUUUCUUGCUACACUCAUCUGAUGAUCUUGAAGAUGUAUUUUCUACAAAGUUGAAGCACUUUUCAGAGUUCAACAUUCCUGUUCAAGGAGAGAGUAGCAGAUUGCUGACUGCAGAAGGAGAUAAGAACGACUAUGAUUGGUUGCUGACGCCUCCAGACACACCACUUUUUCCUUCUUUGGAUGACGAACCGCCAGCAGCUAGUGUUGGGAGGAUAGGGAGACCGCAGAGUCAGAUCUCCUUAUCUAGAUCUUCCACGAUGGAGAAGAGACGCCGUAGUAGUAGGGGGAGUGCAAGCCCAAAUCGCCUAAGCACAUCACCUUGUGCUGACAAUAUGCAGCAGACAAGGGGAAGGCCAUCUUCAGCACGCCAUCCUAGUCCCGCUUCUGGUCCACGAUCAGUUACCCCACCAGUUAGGAGGAUUUCUCCUAGUCCAGGGAAACCCUCAAGAUCUUCUACCCCAACUUCCCGAAGGAUGAGCACUGGAUCAACAACCACCAUUGCAUCUCCAGCUCUCAGGGGUACUUCUCCUGUCAGAACUAGUAGUCGUGGCAACUCUGCUUCUCCCAAAAUAAAAGUGUGGCAGUCAAACAUUCCUGGUUUCUCCUUGGACGCACCACCUAAUCUCAGAACUUCUUUGGGUGAUCGACCGGCUUCCUAUGUAAGAGGUUCGUCACCAGCUUCCAGAAAUGGCAGGGAUGCAGCCUCAACACGCAGCAGACAAUCUGUUUCUCCUAGUGCUUCCAGAAGUGUCAGUUCAUCUCACAGCCAUGAGCGUGACCGGUUGAGUUCUCAUAGUAAAGGCUCUGUUGCAUCAUCCGGAGAUGCUGAUCUCCAAUCUUUGCAGUCUAUUCCCGUGCGUAGCUCAGAGCCUGCAGUUUCAAAGAGAGCUAGCCUUUCUCCUAAUAGUAGAACUUCGAGAUCUUCUAAAUUGCAGUCGCCUGGUUCAGCACCAAGAAGACCGUUUGAGGCUGCUCUUCGUCAAAUGGAUCAUCCUAAAAGCCAUCAUAGCAUGUUUAGGCCUCUUGCUUCUAGCCUUCCUAGCACAGGCAUCUAUUCUGGGAAAAGUAGUUCGUCUUACCAUCACUUAAUGUUAAGACAUUCUUCUCCAACAGUGGGGAGCAAUUCAAGUUCUAGCCAAGUUACAGGCUUCAUGCCAGAUACUAAAGGAAGUGAUCCAAUCCCUGUUGUCCAGUCUGAAGUUGAAAGUUUGGAUUAUCCUGAUAAACAUGGACAAGUUAAUGCCUUUGGCAUGGUAGAUUUAUUAAACGAAGGUAGCAGACAUGAGAGUUCUUUCAGUGAUCAGCUUGGUGAUUUGGAUAUAAGUCAGGCUGUUGAAUGCGAGUCUAGUGUGAAUGAGGAGGCCAGCCACCAUGUUUCUGAUGUUGAAAACACUUCGACUCUUGGUAGUCAUCAUCUACGCAAUGACUUUUUAGAGGAGGUCGGUCUUGAAACUAUGGAGGUGUGUGUUAGAUGUGGCUCCCACUAUCGUGUCACUGAAGAAACUAGAAGCGAGAUACAUAUUUGUCCAGAUUGCAGGGAGGAACACAAUUUUGUGGAAACAGAUCCCUCUGGAACAACAAGAGCUCUUGAUGGAAACUUCCUGAAACAGCCUCAAGAUAUUUUUGAUGAAAAGGAGUCUUUUGUUGACACAAGUCCUGCCAUAGAUGUGCUAGAAUCUCUGCCUGAUGCUAUGGUUGAGGCAGAAAUCUUAAAGACGGGAGAAGACAUUAGGCAGUGUGGUGAUUCCUACGAGCAAGAACAUAAUCAUUUGCGCGAGAGCCCUCUUUCCAGGGCUUUGGGAGAGCAAGAUGUAGAGACCCUCGAUCACCAGGAUGAAAUUCAGUCUUCCACUAGUCUAUCACAUACAGGCACAACAGAUACUCAGCUUUCUGAGAAGCAUCAUGAUCUGAAGAUUGGUUCUUCAGAAGUUAGGGGGGUUCCUUUGCUUAUAAAGAGAUCGGUUAGUAUGAAGUCACCCAUAACUAAAGCUAAUAGCUCCAGUGGUCUUACCAGAUCAUACGAGGGCUUUUCUUAUUUAAGGGAUAUAAGUAUAAGCCUCAGAAGCUCCACAGAAACUACAUCUGCAUCUUCAUCUUGGGAUUAUGGUUCCUCUAUAAGAAAAGGAAGCCAUGUACGACAUCAAAGCGGGAGCACACUUGACAUGGAGACUCAUAGGUAUGAUACCAACUCUAAGUCCCUGAGCAGCAUGUCUUCUUCAUCUGGUGUGUCAAGCCACACCUGCAAGGCUCUAAAUGUCAUGCCAGCGGAGAGUUUUGAAGUGUGUGCUUCCCAAAUAACAUGUACACCCGAUGAAACUCAUCAAGAAUCUCAUCCUGAGCUCCAAGAAACCAAUGUGAUGAAUGCUGAUUUUGGUGAAGAUGAUGGUGCUCUAGCAGAGCAGAAGCUGGUGAUAACUGACAAAGAAUUUUGUGAAAAUGGAGAUGGAGAUGAUGUAGCUAAUAAUGCGAGUAAAGUAGAGAUAAGUGAAUCACCGGCACAUGUAAGGAGCACAUCAGAAUUAGGAGCAUUACCUGUCACUGAUGAUCACUCUAGGCUGCAAGAAAAGGGUGGAAACGAAUCUCCUCAACACGGUUUGUCCACCAUGACAGCCUCAGAAAUAGAACUAGAGAGCUGUGCAGCCGAAAAACAUGGUAUAGGGGUUCAUGAUGAGAUUCUAGAGUCGGAGUGCAACCUAAACGCAGUGGAAGAUUGCUCAGAGAAGAGUAUGGGACAUGAUUAUUCUUUAGAUCACAACUCCUUGGCUCCUGUAAAUGAAAUUUUAGAUGAGUCGACGGUAAUAGUGGAGUGUCCAGGUGGAAAAGAGACGAAGAGCCUCACUCUUGAAGAAGCCACUGAUACAAUACUAUUCUGCAGCUCAAUCGUCCAUGAUUUAGUUUACGAGGCUGCAACAAUAGCAAUGGAGAAAGCAAAGGAUGUGGCAGCGGAAGAAGAAAUGUUGCAUCCAACAGUGACAGUACUUGGAAAGUCGAAUCCGAACAGGAGUAGUAAUUAUGGACGAACAAAGGAGAAGAAGAAACAGAGUUCUAAAGCGAGACGGAAACAAAGGGAGACAGAGGCUAAAACAGAGGUGGAUAUAGAGAAUGAUGAAAAUGCAAGUGAAGCAGCAGCGAUGAUGGGUAACGUUGGACUUCCUCCUCCUCCUAGUAAAGGAGAGAGUCUGAAACCUCCUCCUAAGCUGGAGAACAAAUGCAAUUGCUCCAUAAUGUGAUGUGACCAUUUUUUUUACUAGUAAAUUUUUGUAUGCUUGUUCAUAAUGUUUGUUGUUGUUGUUGUUGUUGUUUGGGUGUUUUAUAUGUUUGUAUGCUUUAGAGUGUUUUAUUGCAGCUAAUUUGUGAGAGGAGGAGAUCACGAUUUCGGUUACCGUUUAGUGGCAUGAAUUGUAAAGUGUUUUUAUUUUAUUUUGAUUUGAUUAUUAUUAUCU